GAGAAGGAAAAAGUCAUCCAUCUCCUCACGAUGCCUCAGAGUUGGGGCACCACAGGAUAAGGUUGGAGGGUGUGGAUUCUCUCUUUCAUAUCCACCUUUCACUGCUUACAAGAAAAUAUCUGUAAAAGUGACACCAGAAGACUUCAGAAGCUUACCAUAUCUUCUCUCUCCCCCGAGGCCUCCAGCAUUCCCUGUUUUGAGUCCAUUUUGGAACUCCAUGGCUUGUGAGUUCCGUGACUUUGGUACAACCGAGCUCUGAGGCGACUGAUUUCCUUCUUUUAUUUUCCAAUCCCCUUUCUUGUGGAUAACCGAAGCUCCCAUGUUGGUACUCUAAAAGGAAGAAAGACUUCUGGAGCAUCUUUUCUUCUUCAGUCCCAAUUUUCACAGUCUGGGUAUCUACAGAAGACGAGGAAAAGAGAACUCAAUUCUGUACAAUCCUUCUUUCUUCUACCUUUCUAUACUCCUGUACUCUGUAGAAUUCCUCAAAGCUAGAGAUUUGAUCAUCAUCUCAACGUGCAGCAGCUUACAUUCCAUUACCCGUGGUCGGGACAAAACGAAACGAGCAUUAUCUUGAGCUUGAGCCCUCUGCUUGCUUGUUUCCUUGGCAGCAAAACCACAACUUGCAUGUUCAACAGACCAAUCCUUCAAGUGGUUCCACCAAUUUCACAGAAACCUUUCCCUUUUGCAUUAGAGGCUUAGUUGCUCUUCUUCUUAAUCUUCCUAUCCACCUAUUUGGCUAUCUAGAGCACCAACCGUCUCAAAGCAGGAGUACUUGACUUCAUUUCCCUGUUUGGUAUGGACAACCAACAUCAAGCUCAAGGAUACCCACAAGGCGUUCAGCAGCAACAGAUGCUGGGCCAGCAGACCUUCCACCACCUCCUUCAGCAGCAGCAACAGCAGCUCCAGUUAUUCUGGAACUACCAACGUCAGGAAAUCGAGCAGGUUUCUGACUUCAAGAACCACCAGCUCCCCCUUGCCCGCAUAAAGAAGAUCAUGAAGGCCGACGAAGACGUCCGCAUGAUCUCUGCCGAAGCUCCGGUGCUCUUCGCGAAGGCCUGCGAGCUUUUCAUCCUUGAAUUGACGAUCCGGUCGUGGCUUCACGCCGAGGAGAACAAGCGCCGGACCUUGCAGAAGAACGACAUAGCUUCGGCCAUUACCAGGACUGACAUUUUCGAUUUUUUGGUGGAUAUUGUUCCGAGGGAUGAGGUCAGAGAUGAGGGGCUUGCGUUGGCAAGGCCCGGGUUCCCGGACGUUCCCUACUAUUACCCGCCACAGACGGGGUCGCCGGUGACAAUCGGAAGGCCUGCAAUGCCAAUAGCAGAUCCUUCAGUUUACUAUCAGCAGCAGCCUCGGCCAGGUGGAAUGCAGUAUGGCGUGCCGAGGCAGCCAUGGCAGCAGCUAUGGCAGCCUAACCAGCAGGAGGAGCAGUCAUUUGGCAGCGGACAGCAAUCUUCUGAAGGACAGGGAUAUGGCGUUUCUCCUGGUCCAUGACAUGUAGUUUGAAGCUGACUGAAGGCAGAAACAACAAGAAGCUUAGUGGUACCAGAUAUUCAUGGCGGAAGGAGAAAGAGGGAUCUGAAAAUCCAGUUAAGAAUUUGCUUUCUGAGAACACAGGUUUCAGGAGCCGUUGUAUGCUUUGGGAUAAAAUAUUGAUGCCAUCAUGAAGAUCGAGACAUAUAUAUGAUGUUCUAUGUUUGUCAUCAAUCACGGGGUAAGGAAUCACAAGUUGAGAAGCCAAAAUAUUUACUGUUUAGAGUAGCAGUUGUGACCAAUGAUCAGAGGCUUAAACGGCUUUUGCUUUGCUUAAA